AUGCAAUCAGAUAUUGUAGUUUAUGAUCUAACUGUUUCAAAGAUAUGGUGUACUAUGUGUGUGAAUAAGAUAAAAUCGAGCUUUGAAGGUCAGCAAGGUAUAAUAUAUGUCCAAGUGAACGUAAUGGCUGAACGAGUGAUCAUUUCUUUCAAUCAAUCCCUCAUCUCACUCGACUCGAUUAAGUUGAUCUUGGAGCAAAAUAAUUUUUUUAUAGUUGGUCAACCAAGAUUAAUUAAUACUGACUCCAAUUAAUUGAGGAGGUGUUAGUUCUUUUUUCCAAAUUCGGAGUUUCAAUUGGACGACUUGAAACAGAUAAGGAGCAAUCUCCACCAAUAAUAUCAGGGUGGAGUUAGAGAAAUUUAGUAAGAAAAUUUUAAAUAUAACAUGCAAUCUGGUUAAUUAAUAACCAUAUCUUAUUAGCCAUUAUCAAUUUCAGCAUUUUAGAUAAAAUAGAAUAUCUAAGCCUAAAUCCAGGACAAAAUUCCCACAAUAGAUGAAAAAGAGAAGAUUGGUUCAGAUCCAGGAUUCCUUGUUUACAAUGCACUCCUUGAGAAAUUCAAAAAGAAAAGUGGAUAUUAGGAAGCAGUCACCUAUAGAAAGUUCAUCUUAGCCAUUGUGUUAAGCAUCAUAUUUUUGGUGUUUUGCUCAAUCAUGCCUCAUUUUGAUUAUUAUAACCCUUUUCUAUCGUAUCCUCAUGAAGAAUCCAUAUUUAGUAUCUACUUGGUAUUCAUCUUUUUCAUGACAACUUUCACAUUGAUUAAAUUUGGAACUCCAACUUACAAGAAUGCAUAUCACUUGUUCACCAAAUACAGAAUGUGUAAUAUGGAUACAUUAUUGACUCUUGGUUCAUUGGCUGCUUAUUGUAUGAGUUUGUUCUUGAUCGUUGUUUACACUCUGGAAGGAUAGAAUAACGAAGAAGAGACUAAAGGUCAAGAAAUUUAAAUGGAAAGAAUAAUGAACAUAAUUCACGAUCUAGAAUCUGCAGGAUUGAUACUUACUGUUAUUAUGAUAGGCAAAUACUUCGAAGGAAAGGCAAAACAGACAAUAAUGGAGAUGCAGAAUUAAAUAUUUCCUCAAGAUUAGUUAUUAAAGACACCUACUGUUAUGAAGGUAUAAGUGAAGAACUAGGAUUAUGACAUCAAUAUUUAAGAGAGUUGUGAUAUUUCAUUGUUGGAAAAGGGAGAUUUGAUAAUUCUUGAGAAGGGAAUGAAAUUAUUAUUGGAUGGAGUAAUUGUUAAAGGUUAGGUAUAAGUGAUUGAUUCAAUUUGUUAUGGGUAAGAUGACAGAUUCCAAGCCUCUAUGGGAACUAGACUGAAAUCAGGUGCUGAUAUCUUAGAUGGAUCAUGUAUCUUUUAGGUAGAGUAAGUGAUUGAGUCUUCUAUGUUGUUUCAAAUAGCUGAACAAUUAAAUUUAGCAUAAUCAGAAAGGGAAAGCAAGGACUUUGGUAUUACAGCAAUGUUGCAAUAGUUAUCUUAGAGAUUUGUGCUUGGAGUCAUUUGUGUGGCAUUGAUAGUUUUUAUAGUUUGGACAUUUUUAAUAGGAUUUGAUAUUGUUGAAAUUGAGGAAUAUUGUGUUUGGUGUUUUCCAUUUGAGAGAGCUAUUUCUAUUUUGGUUGCCUCAUGUCCUUGUGCAUUGGGACUGGCAGUACCAUCUGUGGUUAUAAUUACAUUAAACUUGGCUUUGAAAUCAGGGAUUUUAAUAAAAAAGAAUACUAUUUUUGAAUCAAUAAACAAAAUAAAUUGUAUUAUUUUUGAUAAGACAGGAACCCUAUUCACUAAAGUGGACCAUAUUGAAUCUUUCACUCUUCUAUCUAAGAAUGAGACAGAGAUCUCAUUAAAGUAAUAGGAUAAAACUGUUGUGAAGGUUAAAUAAUUUUAGAAAUCUUUGGUAAUGUCUGAUCCUGUAGAAACUAAAAGGGAUAUCCCUAAUUCAGAAGGUAAAAUAUAAUCAAAUUUGAAAUUCAAUAAGACUUUGUCAGGUCAAGAUUUAUGGGCUAUUCUGGGAGUUUUAGAAAAAGACUUCAAUCAUCCUAUUGCUACUUUAUUAUUCAAGGAAUCUGUUCAAAGAUAAAUUGGAAGAUAGAGUACAUUUGUUCUUACAGAACAAGCAAAAUAAGAGAAAAAUGGAAUCAUUGGAAAUGUAACCAGAACUACUGAUCAAACAUAGUUUAGAUGUUUAAUUGGAAAUCUAGCUCAUUUAACUGAAAAUAGAGCGAUCCUAGAAGACUAUAUCAUAAAAAAAUGCUAGUGUCUGGAAAGAAAAGGAAAAACAGUAAUUCUAAUGGCUAUUGAUGAUAUACCAGAAGUAAUCUUAUGUUUGGAUAACAAAACCAAUUUAAGACCUGAAGCCAAGGCUGUGAUAACAUAUUUAAGAGAAAAUCUGAAGAAGACUGUUUAUAUUUUGUCUGGGGAUUCAAAAAAAACAGUGUCCUCUGUAGGCAAAUACCUAGAAAUACCACCGAGCCAUUAGUAUGCUGAAAUAGAUGCAGAGGGAAAAUAAAAGUUUUUAAUGGAGUUAAAAGAGAGAAAAUAAGAGGUGAUGAUGAUUGGAGAUGGUCUCAAUGAUAUCCUCUCACUCCAAUAAGCAUCUAUUGGUGUUGCCAUCAAUGCAAAAUCAGAAUUGAAUCUCAUGGCUUCAGAUGUGAUAGUUCUUAAAGAAAAUUUGUGGAGCAUUGUAUCUCUCAUAAAUUUGAUGAACACAGCUUUAAAAGUAAUCUAUAUUAAUUUGAUUUGGGCCUUUGCUUAUAAUUUAUUGAUGGCACCUAUCGCAGCAGGUGUGUUCUAUGGAUAAGGAUUCACUAUAUCUCCAAUGAUAUCCUCUACAUCGAUGUCCUUAUCAUCAAUUAUUGUUGUGCUUAUCAGCAACUGCAUGAAACUCAUCAAAUUUGAUCCAUCCCAAUGUCACAGCAUUCCAAGAAUACUAAAGUACAGGUUGCAUGAAGAAGCGAACUUAUCAUCAGACUCUUAUCUUUAAGUAGACAAUACCCAAGAAUCUGCUCGAAAAGUAAAUGAAUAAAGAAAUAUUAUGAUUUGA